GCGGGCGGUCCGGCGGCGGCGCGAUGCCGCUCGCCCAGCUCAAGGAGCCCUGGCCGCUCAUGGAGCUGGUGCCGCUGGACCCGGAGAAUGGACAAGCUUCAGGGGAGGAAGCCAGACUUCAGCCAUCCAAGGAUGAGGGUGUCCUCCAGGAGAUCUCCAUCACACACCAUGUCAAGGCUGGCAGUGAGAAGGCUGACCCAUCCCAGUUUGAGCUCCUCAAGGUUCUGGGCCAAGGAUCCUUUGGCAAAGUCUUCCUGGUGCGCAAGGUCACCCGGCCUGACAGUGGGCAUUUGUAUGCCAUGAAAGUAUUAAAGAAGGCCACGCUGAAAGUGCGUGACCGUGUUCGGACCAAGAUGGAAAGAGAUAUCCUAGCUGACGUGAACCACCCAUUCGUGGUGAAGCUGCACUAUGCUUUCCAGACUGAGGGCAAGCUCUACCUUAUUCUGGACUUCCUGCGUGGUGGAGACCUGUUCACACGACUCUCAAAGGAGGUUAUGUUUACAGAGGAGGAUGUGAAGUUUUACCUGGCUGAACUGGCACUGGGCCUGGACCACCUGCACAGCUUGGGCAUCAUUUACAGAGAUCUCAAGCCUGAGAAUAUCCUUUUGGAUGAGGAGGGCCACAUCAAACUCACUGACUUUGGCUUGAGCAAGGAGGCCAUUGACCAUGAAAAGAAGGCCUAUUCCUUCUGCGGGACAGUGGAAUACAUGGCCCCUGAGGUUGUCAACCGCCAGGGUCACACCCACAGUGCAGAUUGGUGGUCCUAUGGGGUGUUGAUGUUUGAGAUGCUGACGGGCUCCCUGCCCUUUCAGGGGAAGGACCGGAAGGAGACCAUGACCUUGAUUUUGAAGGCGAAGCUAGGCAUGCCCCAGUUUCUGAGCACAGAAGCCCAGAGCCUCCUACGGGCCCUGUUCAAGAGGAAUCCUGCCAAUCGGCUUGGCUCAGGCCCUGAUGGGGCAGAGGAAAUUAAGAGACAUAUCUUCUACUCCACCAUUGACUGGAAUAAGUUGUAUCGUCGUGAGAUCAAGCCCCCUUUCAAGCCAGCUGUGGCCCAGCCUGAUGACACCUUCUACUUUGAUACUGAGUUCACAUCGCGCACACCCAGGGAUUCACCAGGCAUCCCCCCCAGUGCUGGCGCCCAUCAGCUGUUCCGUGGCUUCAGCUUCGUGGCCACUGGUCUGAUGGAGGAUGACGGCAAACCUCGAGCCACUCAGGCCCCCCUACACUCAGUGGUACAGCAACUCCACGGGAAGAACUUGGUUUUCAGUGAUGGCUACGUAGUAAAGGAGACGAUCGGCGUGGGCUCCUACUCGGUGUGUAAACGCUGUGUCCACAAGGCCACCAACAUGGAGUAUGCUGUCAAGGUCAUCGACAAGAGCAAAAGAGAUCCCUCAGAAGAGAUUGAGAUUCUUCUGCGUUAUGGGCAGCACCCCAACAUCAUCACCCUGAAAGAUGUGAGUGGGGAUGGAAUCAUCAUCAAAGCCAGGUUGGGGCCAGGCGCUUGGACAGGUGCUUGGUGCCAAGCCAGACAACCCAGAUGUGGUCCCCUGGACACACACAAUAGAAGAAUCGACUCCCUCGAGUUGUAUGUCUUGGCACCUACGCACACAAUUUUUUUUAAAAGGCAGUAUACCAACACAGGGCCCCAUUUCAAUACCUUCCCCUCUUCUAGAGGUCUGUCUGUCAGUCUGUGUGACUUUCUCAGUUCUGACCUUUGGCAUGGGUCACUACUCCUGCAUCAUAUACCAACCCCAGCCCUCUGCCUCCAGGUCGUCCACAGGGACCUCAAACCCAGUAACAUCCUGUAUGUGGAUGAGUCUGGGAACCCCGAGUGCCUGCGCAUCUGUGACUUUGGCUUUGCCAAGCAGCUGCGGGCUGAGAAUGGGCUCCUUAUGACACCUUGCUACACGGCCAACUUUGUGGCACCUGAGGUGCUAAAGCGUCAGGGCUACGAUGAAGGCUGUGACAUAUGGAGCCUGGGCAUUCUGCUGUACACAAUGCUGGCAGGAUACACUCCAUUCGCCAACGGGCCCAGCGACACACCAGAGGAGAUCCUCACCAGGAUCGGCAGCGGCAAGUUCACCCUCAGUGGGGGAAACUGGAACACGGUCUCUGAGACGGCCAAGGACUUGGUAUCUAAGAUGCUGCAUGUGGACCCCCACCAGCGCCUCACAGCCAAGCAGGUCCUGCAGCACCCGUGGAUCACCCAGAAAGACAAGCUUCCCCAGAGCCAGUUGUCCCACCAAGACCUGCAGCUUGUGAAGGGAGCCAUGGCAGCUACAUAUUCUGCACUCAACAGCUCCAAGCCCACCCCUCAGCUCAAGCCAAUUGAGUCAUCUAUCCUGGCCCAGCGGCGGGUGAGAAAGCUGCCAUCCACCACCCUGUGAACCACCACAGUGGAGACAAACUCCUCAGAGGCGGAGUCCUUCCCAGAGGGAGCAAGCCCGAGUCACAGGACCAAGUGGAGUGGAGUCCGAAGGGAAGUAACCAGCCCAGAUCACCCGAGAGGGUGUGAAGUGCCUUCCUCCCCAGGACGGGCUCUUCUGGGCUCAGGCUCCAUCGUGUGAAAGCCACUCACUGUACAAACUAUUUUUUUUAAGGAAAAAAAAAUGACAUCAUCUACCGUGGAUUUUUUUUUUUUUUUUUACAAGAUCCAUUUGCCUUUUUGGCCAUCGCAGUCCCAAGAGGAAUAAUGAGUCACGUGUGUGGCUGAGACUCCCUUGAUAGUUUUGGGGCCCUCCCCACUGUUGGCUGUGGAGCCGUCUGCACACAGGACUCUAAGCAGGUCCAGCAUUGCCUCUCAGAGUAGUCUCCUGGCUCCUCAGCAGAACUUGGUCCCCAGCCCUCUCUUUUUCCGUUCUGUUCUGGGGUUCUAGAACCACUUUCUGCUAGAGCAAGGGACCCCACCCUGUCAGCUCUUGGCUCCAGGCACCAGCAUCCAAAGUGCCCAUCCACGGUGGGCACCCCGCAGUCGGAUCGGACAACCCCGUGGAGAGGAAGGAGGCAGAGAGCACUUUUUGGGAGACUUCUUGUCCGCCGCUGGACAGAGUUCACAGGAGACUAAGGAGGCAGUCCACAGGGGAUGAGGGCUUUUUCAUUUCCUCCUCAGCUGGUAACUCAGGGUUCAUCUGUCCAAGGCCUUUCUAAUAAACUUACAAUCCAGUCAAAG